CCAGGACUUUUCAUCAUGGAACUGCAGGAUUCCUACUAUCCAAAGGCCCAGUAUAUUGAAACUGCAACUGGAAAUCGCGUCUGCCGUGAAAGUGUGUUGUGUGGCUCGCAGAAUAUUGUUUUAAGUGGCAAAGUGAUUGUAUCGAGUGGUGUUAUUAUUAGAGGAGACCUUGCAAAUUCAGUCAGAGUUGGUCGUCACUGCGUCAUAUCUUCAAAGGCUGUUAUUAGACCUCCAUUCAAGAAGUUUAGUAAAGGAGUUGCUUUCUUCCCACUUCACAUUGGAGAUCAUGUUUACAUUGGAGAGGGAUCAAUUGUCAAUGCUGCAGUUAUUGGCUCUUAUGUUUACAUAGGGAAAAACUGUGUUAUUGGUCGCCGUUGUGUACUUAAAGACUGUUGUAUGAUAGCUGAUAACACAGUGCUUCCACCAGAAACAGUGGUUCCUCCUUUUGCAAGAUAUUCAGAUUCACCUGCUAAACACACUGGGGAUUUACCAGAAUCUACCCAGGAUCUGAUGACAGAUUUUACAAAGUCAUGCUAUCACCACUUUAUUAGGGUCAAGGAUAUGCCUCCCCAGAUGAGGGAUGCACACAUUCCUAGAGAGCAGUUGAUUGAUAUCUGAAACAAAAUAUUCUAGAAUUCAAAAUUUCAUUUUCAGAUUGCAUGUACAGUAUAUUACUAUAAUGAUAUACCAAAGGUAAAUAUUUAUUGUAAGAAAUUAGGUUUUGGAGCAUUCCAGCUGUUAUUAAUGAGGUCUAUAACAUCUAGAGUAAUUACUAGUUUGUGAAAAUAUUUUACAUCUUUGUGAGAAACUUAACAAUUGCAGUGCAAUAAAAUUUGUUUUUGGCAGAAUACACGAGCUUAAAAUAAGAAUAUUUGUGUUGCUUUAAUGAUUAGAUGCAAAAUUUGUCAAAUAGUAUUAGGUGUUUCAGUACUACUUGUAUUAUCAUUAUCAGUUAUAUGAUAGUGAUGAGGAUUAUAAUAGUGAACUAAAAUUCUGAGCUCUCAUAGGGAUCUCUUGUUAAGGGAAGGGAAAGUUUGCAUAUAUUAUUAUAUUUAAUAAUCAUAAGUGUAAUUUUCUUUUUAUAGGCAGUAGCACAAGUUUCAAACUUAAAAAAUAAAGGUGAUUAUUAUUGAAA